GUCUUGAGCUAAGCUCGCGUGGUAUUGACUAGUGUUUGUAUUAUUUUUUUUCGUGACUGAAAAACUUCUCGAAAUGUCAUCGAAAACUAAAAAAACUGUAACAUCUUCUACAAACAUAAGUGUGGUGUCGUCAGUGCAAAGCCCACAGCAAUCAAGCACUCCUGUUGGUAGCCGCCCUUCUAGCUCCGCCGGCCGGCCCAGCAGCCCUCUAAGUCCAACAAGACACACUCGUCUACAAGAAAAAGAUGCACUACAAAAUCUCAAUGACCGCUUGGCAGCCUACAUUGAUAAAGUUCGUCAGCUUGAAAGUGAGAAUUCAGGAUUACGCCGGGAAAUCCAAACUACACAGGAGGUGGUCACACGUGAAGUUUCCAAUAUCAAAGGAAUGUACGAACAUGAACUUCAAGAUGCCAGGAAACUAUUAGACGAUACGUCUAGAGAAAAAGCUAAAGUAGAGAUUGAUUUGAAGAGACUUUAUGAAGAAAAUGAUGACCUGAAGAAGCGCCUGGAUAAAAAAACCAAGGACUGCCAGCAAGCAGAGAAUUUGGCGCGUCAUUACGAAACUCGCUUUACGGAAGAAACCAACAAAUAUAACUCUGCGCUCGCGGAUAAGAAGAAAGCUCAAGAUGAAGCUAGGGAACUGGCCAAAGAGUUGGAGAAAUUACGCAAGGUAUACGCCGAUACCCGCAAGACCUUGGAAGAAGAAAUGCUGUGUCGUAUCGACAUGGAGAACACGGUGCAGAGUCUGCGCGAGGAGCUCUCGUUCAAGGACCAAGUCUUCCAGCAGGAGCUGCAAGAGACACGUACACGAAGACAAGUCGAGAUCUCUGAAAUCGAUGGACGGCUCGCUCAGCAGUAUGAGGCCAAACUACAGCAGAGUCUGCAAGAGCUUCGUGAACAACAAGAGGCCAACAUUAAAGCCAACCGUGACGAAAUCGAAGCCCUUUAUGAAAAUAAGCUGAAGAAUCUGCAAGCGGCGGCAAAUCGCAACAGUUCUGCAGCCACGGUGGCAGUUGAGGAGCUGCGUACUAUGCGCACACGCAUCGACUCACUGAACUCUACACUCAAUGAUCUAGAGAAUAAAAACGCAGCCCUAAGCAAUCGUUGCCGCGAGCUCGAACGCCAAUUGGAGUCUGAACGGGCACGACACGCGGAAGAUCUUGCCUCGCUGGAGCAAGAGCUGGCGAGACUACGAGAUGAAAUGGCCGCCCAGUUGCGAGAGUAUGCCACUCUCAUGGACAUCAAGAUAUCGCUAGACCACGAGAUCGCCACGUACCGCACGCUUCUUGAAGGAGAGGAAGACAGGUUAAACCUGACUGCACAAUCGCCCGGUCGCGAGUCACGCGCGUCUGUCAGCGGCAGCGGAGGGCGCGGCACCCCUGGCCGUAGGGCUACGCCCCUGCGCGCCGCCCGCAAGCGUACACUGCUCGACGAGAGCGAGGAACGCAGCCUCCACGACUUCAGUGUCACCUCCAGCGCUAAAGGAGACCUCGAGGUCUCUGAGGCAUGCCCCGAUGGAACAUUCGUCAAGAUCAGGAAUAAAGGCAAGAAGGAGAUGAGCCUGGGCGGCUAUCAGAUAGUACGUAAGGCGGGCGACCAGGAGACCGUGUUCAAGUUCCACCGCACCGUUAAGCUCGAGCCGGGCGGCGUCGCGACCGUUUGGUCGGCGGACACUGGCGCGGACCACGACCCGCCGCGGGACAUCGUCAUGAAGGGACAGAAGUGGUUCGUCGCCGACUCGUUCACCACCACCCUACUCAACAACGAUCAGGAGGAGGUGGCGGUGUCAGAGAGACAGCGGCGGCAAGUGAGCACGAGCGCGCAGCGGCAUCGGGAACUCGCGCACAAGUAUCCCCGCCGCGAACAGUUGGGAGAGAUUCGGGAAGGCGAAGAGAACUGUCGCAUAAUGUAACGUGCGUCCAACGCUUCCCAGGAGCUAUUCACCGUGCCCUAUGGGCAACUUUUAUCAAUUCUCGAAUAUCUUUAAAAUGUCAGAUGCAAAUUCUAUAAGCGGCCCUCCGCUUUUAUACGUUAAAUAGAUUUUUGUGUUCAAAUAUUAUUUAUAGAUAAGAUUUCUAAUAACGAUUUGACUUGAUUUGUGUACGGUAACGCCUUCAUUGGUACACGGCAAAGUUUAUAUUGUCACACUGACAUUAAGCACAUGUGCGUAGUUCCGACUACACAAAGAAUAAAAAGCACAAGUAAUCCAGUUGAACUAAGAAGUAUAUUAUAACUCAUUGUGAACAAAGUACAAACAAUCACGUUCACAUUAUUGUGGGUAAGUAUAGAUUUAUGAAUGUUUUAUUAUUUUCAAUCCCCACCCUCACAAUGCACUAGUUAAUAAGUAAUUUUAUCCGUUAUUAUUAAUCAGUAUCCAUCUGACAUAAAGUAGAUGAGAUCUACUAAUUAUGAUCGUACAUAACAUCAUCUUAGUGACACGACUAGAAAGAUCAUGUAUUAGGUUAAGAAUGAUUUGACAUUAAUUGAGUCAAAUAUUAGAAUAAGUUUCAGUUUUCAUUGUACUUUUGUAAUUGAGAUAAAACAGGUGCAAGUCUCAAAUAAAAGGCUCUCAUAGUUU